ACUCCGUAGUACUGCAGACUUUUUUUCUGCUUCUCAUGGAGGAUACGGAGACAAAAUGGCGAAGCUAAAUCUGUCUCUCUCACUCACACUUAUCGCUGUUCCUUUACUUUGGGCAUGAGCUCUUGGAGCACUGAUUUAGCUCAUGAUUUUUUUAAACAGCCCUUGGGGCAACUCUUAAAGCUCGCAUCGCGCAUUGUGAUAAAAUGGACUACGUACAGCAAUGCAGAUGUAAAGUUCAGCUGACUCUGAAAUCCAGACUUAUUUGUGUUUCUGCGCAUGCCUGUCGGACAACACCAAUUCUUCUGCACCAAACUUCUUUGGAAACCUGCCAAGUGUUUCAAACCUUUUGGUAAUUUGUCAGUAAUGAAAACCAUCCACGUGACGGGCUUUGAGCCGAUAGAAACGGGUAAUUGCCUAUUACGUUCUGCUGCUGAUUGUAGCCCUGAAAAGCAACAUAACGGUGAGUCAUUUUACAAGAACAGUAUAUGUGCGUGAGAGUUUGCCGUUGCUGUUCCAUACUGGUACCGUGGAUUGGCAGCUCGGAGGCCAAGCUGGUCUAAGGAGAAGACUGUCGCUUGGUGUUUCACCAUGUAUCUUGUGUUAGCGUUUCUCAUUUCUGUGACAUGGAUAGCGUGGAUGCUUCAACUCUACGGCGCUCGCGAAACUCCACCUAUGGUGUACCAGUGGUCUCUUGGAGAUAAUGGAACGGUGGAAAUCAGAGGAGGAAAUAGCUGCUCCACUGCCACAUUCAAUGGUGGAAUGUUGUUUCCAUCCAUAUGGGGAAGCUAUGACGUUUGGAAUAUGGUACCAGCUCCAGAUGUUGUGGAAGAUUCCUGUGCACUUCAAAUAGGCCAUUGCAUCAGUGACCCUGUCUAUUCUUACAUUGAUAUCGGUGAUUUUAGCGACACCUGCGUGUCAGAUCCAAGCAGCUGCACGUCAGAUGGUGUUACGUGGUCAGUCUGGCUAAAAUUGUGUGACAAGCGAAAAAAGCGUCAGAGGGGAAUCACUAUUAUUCAUUCUGGACAUGAGGAAUAUGAAUACAGUUUUAUUCUGUGGUACAUAUACGAUGACCAUAUAGUAUGCUCUGUUCGAGAUAACAACACAGAGUUAUCGGUGAGCGUUAACGUGACCGCCAUCGUUCCCAUAUCGACUUGGUUCCAAGUGGCGUGUACGUUCAAUUUCUCGAAGCUCAUCGUUGAAGCCGUUGCAGUUUAUGUCAACGGCUUACGAGUUCCAUCUCUACCAGUGGACCAUAACACCUUGAAUAAAUUUUCUAAGUAUAGAUACCAGACUGGCAGAAAUCAUUUACUAAUUGCGCCUCAGUAUUACUAUAUCAAGGACAUAUCGUUGUCCAUAAGUAACCUUAUUUUGGCAGAUGGAAUUCUGGGACAAGAUGACAUUCAAAACCUGUUCUCGUGUGGAUCCAUAGAUUGGAGUCUCCGACUUCGCAGUUUGGUGAGUGUCCCUACCACAAAUAACGCACAGAGUAUCCAUCUGAACUGCACAGCCAGUGCAAUCACUGGUCCUGCCAUAGCCUGGCGCGUCUACCAACCAAAGUGUGACCUUUGGAAAGUCUUACACGGCGGUAACGACUCUGACAGCUUGCGUAUCUAUAAUCACAGCGUGUCGUCGUGCGUCCUGACGUCCUCUUUGACGAUUUCUUCUUACCGGGAACGAGGUUAUGCUGGCUCCGUUAUUGAAUGUUCAGCGUCUACUCGAGGGACCUCAACAACCAAGUUUGCUACCUUUACCAUUGCAGAGGUUGUUGACGAACCUCAAAUGUUACUUGGUGAAGAUGCCACACGACCAGCCCUCCAAGAUGCAGCCGUACAGGACAAAGGCAUACCUAUUGAAAUCUUCAACAACAUAGAUAACAAAAACGAUAUCUGUGGCGGUAGAAGAAUAUAUGCAAAGGAAGACAAAGUUAUAACAACUGUUCCUUUGACCGUGGAGGAAGGCGAGUACCAGGAAGUAACUGCUGAGGUGGACGGCCAAGUGUAUGUCGCAAAUAUCCCCGGUCUCCAAACAGCAGAGAAUGUCACCUUAAUUGUGGUAGUGACGGUGUUUAAAUUGCCGAACAACGAUUCGCAGUUGAAUGUCAGUAGCCCGUCUGAUCAACCGAUUCGAUUUGGAAGUCUGGUUGUUGGUUUAGAUAUAAUCGACAUACAGGGAAAUGUGUUCACAGAAUUUGAAGAUGAGCCUGUCAAACUUACAUUUCCUGUUUUAGAGAUUCAAGACAUGGAAAUUCCUAUUUGCUCUUUUCGGUCCGACGAAGACGAGGACUGGCUAACGUAUGGCUGCCAUGUUGAAGGUAUAAUAGGCAACGACGUCAUGUGUAGCUGCAAUCACCUAACACACUUUGCUAUCUUACUUCAAGUGGAGGAGGUCACCCCUUACACCGACACUUCCCUUUUAAACCUCAUCACACGGAUUGGUCUUGGGUUGUCCAUUGUCUGCCUCUCGGUUACAUUGUUUGUCUACGCAUUUUGUCGCUUGACCAGUACCCGCAUCGUAACACACGCUAAUCUGGCAGUAGCUCUUAUGAUAUCUCACAUCACUUUUUUGUUCAUUGGCACUGAAAACCCGACUGCGUGUAAGGCGGUUGCCAUCUUGCUUCAUUACUUCCUGCUAGCAGCUUUCACCUGGAUGGCUCUAGAGGGCGUGUUUCUAUACAUCAAAUCUACCCCCACAUUCCAAUGGAAGAUCCGACUUCCAGGGUGGCUUCUGAUUGGUUGGGGAUGCCCCGUAGGAAUAGUAGGAACUUCGAUGGCUGUGCGUAUGCAAAGCUAUGGUCGUGCAAAGAGCUGCUGGCUUUCAUUUGAUGGUGGCUUCGUCUGGGCUUUUCUAGCGCCAGUACUGUUUGUCCUUAUCGGAAACAGCGUUAUUUUGAUUCGGCUCAUCUUUGUCUUUUUCUCUCUGAGGAGCAACAAGAAAAAAUCGGAGGCGGAAAAAGUCAAAGCUGGUUUGCGGAUGUUGAUUGUUCUUGAACCUCUUCUUGGCUUGCCGUGGAUUCUGGGCUUAUUCUACAUUGACGGGAGCACUAUUGGAUUUGCCUAUGCCUCUGCGAUAGUAAACAGUCUACAGGGCGUCUUUGUAUUCAUUUCGCAGUGCCUCUUUGACAAAGACGUGAGGCAAUUCUUUCGGUCUAAGAGGUCAAGAGUUGAGGCGAUCAAUGUUAAUGUGGAGUCAACAGGGAUUUCUACAUUGGUUACAGCAACUGUGUCAGAGUCUGUGACGGUGGGUAGGGGCGACAGUGUUAAUUGAGGCACCUUCGCUUAGGUGCUGUGUUUAUAACAAGUUUAUUGCACCGUUCGUAGGUAUCCUUAUGCACUGCAGUGUUGCUAAUGCGGGACCAAAGCAUAGGAAGAUGACGGACCUGUCCUGAUUAACGUGUGCCUACACCGCGACGUCGUUCACCCGAUCCAGCUACCCACCGCUGCUUGUCAGUAGGGC